GUCAAGUUAAGCUUCUCUGACUCACUCACCUUUCGUCGGACUACAAAUACCAACGUCCGCAACUUCUCAACGAUCAACAAACCCUUCAAGCGAAAAGCCAGUACGAAAAUCGCAUUCGCAGACCUCCUGUCAGACAUCACGCCCGCCCUGCUGAAAUAUGCCUCGCUACAUCUACAUCAACGGCUACCCCGGCAUCGGGAAGCUCACGAUCGCGAAGGAGCUCCAGCAAUUACUCCCCAACUCCAAAGUCUACCACAAUCACCUCCUCAUCGAUCCCAUCGACGCCCUCGUUGAGCGCUCAUCUCCAGGCUACCAUGAGAUGCGAACGGGUCUACGACGAUACGUCCUGAACGAAAUCGCGACGUCGGAAUAUACCAAGGCUAAAACGUGGAUCUUUACGGAUGCGCGAGAGGCAAGCGCAGCGGGAGAAAUGGGCGCGAAGGAUUACGAGGCUGCGGCAAGAAAGAGAGGCGUUUCAUUUAUAUCGAUCGUGCUGGAAUGCGAGAUUGAGGAGAACAUAAGGAGGGCGAUCAACCCGUCGCGGAAUCAAAACGUAGACGCGAAGCUCACAGACGAGACGAUAUUGAGGCCGAUUUUGGAGAACGAGACAAUCUAUCGUUUCGGGAAUGAGACCGAGUUGGUGCUGGAUGUCACGAAAUUGAGUUCGAAAGAAGCUGCUUUGCGGAUUAAGGAGCAUGUCGAUCGGUUGGCUGCAUGUCCGUGAGUCGCAUGGUUGUCCUUCAUGCGCCCGCUUCGCUCAGGUCGAGUCAACAGAAAGCCAGGCGCAAAUCAAAGCGCUCGGAAGAGCUGCGUGUUGC